AUGAAGAAUCCUUCAUGCCGGAUUCCAAUCAUAGUGUCCAGUACCAGCAGAAUCCUCCUUACUGGUGCAACCGGUUACGUUAGCGGCACCAUCCUCGACCAUCUCCAUCUCAUCAAAAAUGAGGAACCCAGCAUUCAGGGAUUGACCUUCGAUCUCCUCGUCCGCAGCGAAGAGGCCGCCAAGAAGCUACGCGAGGCCUACGGCGAUCGUGCCAAUCCCAUCCAGUGGGCAGGCCUUACCGAUAUCCCCUCAUCACCGAAACGGCCUCCAACCAAGGCUUGCGUACACGGGCUGGCCCGCCGCAUCAAGCCCGGAAAUGCGGUACCGUGGCUCCUGCACAUCGCCGGAUGCCCCAACCUCGGAGAUCGACCGUUGACGGAGACGGCUUACCCCGAUCGGGAAUGGGACGACGCGGGUGGAAAUGCAGUAUACGAGUUUCUCAAGGCCGAGGACACGGAGACACCCUUACCUGCAGAGAACCACCGAGUAGCAAAUAUGGUUUGCACCUGGCAGGCCCUGGCCCAUACAGUCGAACACAUAUCGAUCGAGAACUACGUCAACCGACUUCUCUACGUCGUAGCAUUCUGCUUCGUCAAGCUUAGCAUCCUCGCCUUCUACAUGCGGGUAGAUCACAGAAAAUACACACGCUGGGCGAUAUACUUUCUUAUAUUCACCGUCGUCGGCCUAACUGUCUCGACCGCCUUGAUCUGCAUCUUCGAGUGCUGGCCUUCGGCGCUGUACUGGGAUUUGACAGAUCCCUUGCGAGAGAAGUGCAUGCCGGCCGCCCAGCGACAGAUAUUCUUCGAGGCAAAUGGCAUCAUCAAUAUUGUCCAGGAUAUUUUCAUUUACCUGUUGCCGGUUCCCAUGAUGCGGAAGCUGCAGGUUCCUCGUCGGCAAAAGUUCGCUGUCCUCUUCCUUUUCUACAUCGGAAUCGUCGCCCUAAUUGCGGGUGGCAUUCGUUACUACUACGUCCUGAAGCUCAAGAACGAAGAUGACAUCUGGUUUUACUUCUCAGACUCCCUCAACUGGUGUAGUAUCGAGGUUUACACAGCCAUCAUCUGCCGUUCUGCAUCGACCUUCUGA